AUGGAGAUGACCUGCGACGCGAAGAGGAUCGUGGCCGUGUCCCUGGGCAAGCUCUACAGCUCCCGCAGUCAGCGUGGCGGCUGCCGCCUGCACCGCAGCCUGCUGCUGUCCCUGGUCGUGCGCUCCGCCCGGGAGAUCUACCACGCCUGCAGCGCGCAGGCCGCCGCGGCCCUGUGUGCGGGGAGGGGAUCCCGCAGAAAAUCGGCUCUGGACAACUUCCGGACACGGAGGAGAGUUGCCAGCGAGAGGGACUGUUGGAACACUGUGUUUGAAGGGAGCGAGUCUGGCGAUGAGCGCGCGGGGAGGGCAGUGCGUCAUCAGUCAUGGGACUCGCGCCGCAGCGGCAUUCCAAGCCGGUCGCGUGACUCGGGAAGUCGCACGCGGCUUGAGGCGGUUCCGUCCGACUGA